AUGUCAGCAUCUUCAAAUCUGCGUCAUACGCAGGCAGCGCGGCCGUCCUCACCUCAUACGCCCCAGCAACCCCCACGCUCAGGCAAUACCUCCUUUGCGAGCACGACGUCACCAGGCUCAACGUUUCGAAACGAGGACGAUGCGAUCAUCCUUGAGAUAGGAGCACGAUGGCUCCGAGCAGGGUUUGAGGGAAACAGUACACCUGUCUGUGUGGUGGGAUUCGGUCCCGAGGAAUCAAGAAGAGUGGGGGACUAUCGAGGUUGGAUCCAGGGUGCUGCAGGCACUGGACCUUUGCCAAAGCCUGUCAAUGCGGACGACUGGGUUCGAGACUACGAAUUGUGGCAGCUCGACCUUCGCAAGGUUGAUUUGGGCUUGCUGGAGGACAAAAUCGAGCGCCUCUUCCGUGAAACAUACAACAAUUACCUCCUGACGGACGCUGGCUCGUCUCGCCUGGUCCUAGCCCUUCCCUCUCUCAUGCCGCAUCCGUUGCUUUCAUCGCUGCUCUCGACCUUGUUUAGCCGCUGGCGGUUUCCUAGCAUCACCCUUCUUCCGAGUGCGGCCAUGUCGGCGACAGCUGCGGGAUUGCGCUCUGCUCUUGUAGUGGAUCUUGGAUGGGCCGAAACUACGGUGACCGGCCUUUAUGAGUAUAGAGAAAUUACCACAAAGCGAAGCACAAGGGCAAUGAAGCUGCUUCAGCAGGAAAUGGGACGGCUGCUUUCUCGCUUGGCUUCUUGCGAGGAUCACGAGGCGGAGGACAAGGAUAGGAUCUCUGUUGGGUUUUCGUACUGCGAGGAGGUUCUCACUCGGUUCGCUUGGUGCAUGCCGCACGCAAAGGAUGGAGAACAGCCGUACCAAUCUGCUCAUACGGUCUCAAUACCUUCACCUGUGAAUCCAGUUCAGGAAUUUUUCGAUGUGCCGUUCUCCCGCCUUGCAGAGCCCGUUGAAAUAGCUCUCUUUGCAACUGGUAUUCCUGAAAUCGAAUUAGAUGAUGAGGAGAAGUCGAUACCCCUGCUCGUUUACAACACCCUCCUGGCUCUACCGCCUGAUGCACGCGGGACAUGCAUGUCGCGCAUUGUCUUUGUGGGUGGUGGAGCUCGAAUUCCUGGAGUACGAAAGAGGAUCCUUGAAGAAGUUUCUUCCCUGAUCAAGACACAUGGGUGGAGUGCGAUUCGAGGCAAUGCUGUCGAACGACAACGCCAACGAAUGGAAGACCUGCGGAUCUCGUCUCAGACUAAUGGACAGAAACAGAAGCCGACAACCAGUGAAAAUGGAGAGACACCUGGCGAGGGCGAGAAGAUAGAUCCCUCUCAGGAAGUGCCGGAGAUUGACUUUGUUGAACAAAAGUUGCACCGACAGAACAAAGAAAUGCCUGUCCCUGUGCAGGGAGUCCUACGAGAAGUUGAAUCUUUAGGUGCAUGGGCUGGAGCUAGUCUAGUGACCAGCUUAAAGUUACGUGGCAUGGUCGAGAUUGAGCGAGAGAAGUUCUUGCAGAACGGGCUUGCUGGAGCAACUCGCGAUUCUGAGCCUCCUGUUCCUGAUCGCCGAUCGGGUCUGAGAGCCGGCGAUCGAUCUAGCUGGACUCUGGCUGGCUGGGCAUGA